AUGGCUGCCUCCGCUGAGUCACCGCGCCUCGUCCAGUUGUGGUUACUUCUGGCGACAGUUCUCAUCGACGUCAUCGCUAGUGUCCCAUGCCCGUUCAAUGAACAGUGCCGUUGUUCGUCGAGCGACUGUACGCAGCAGACAGACGUGAUAUGCGCAAAUAUGGUUGAGUUUCCGCAGUUUGGCGAGCACAAUUCGUGCAACGUUAAGAGCCUGCUCAUCAGUGGCAGUUUUACGUCCAUUCCUGCCAAGGCGUUCGACGCCUUCACGAACCGUUUUGAAACGCUGAGGAUCAUCAUGGAUGACGGUGCACUCGCCGAAACGCCGUUUGUGGUGCACGAGAAAGCGUUUCAAGGGUCGGUCGGUCUCAUGCUUGAACGCUUAGAGAUUUCGAACGUUCCGACACUGACCGAACUGCCGUUCGCACUGAAGUCGCUGAAGAAGCUCCAGACGCUGGUCCUGAACCAUACCAGUAUUACGCACAUCCCAGCGGAGAUUCUGUCUAAGUUAAUUGGAAACCUAGUCAUCACGCACUCUAAGGUGAGUUCAGUCGACUCAAACGCGUUCGAAGGAAUGGAGUUUCUGUUCGACGUUGAUCUGUCGUACAACAAUCUGUCCGUCUUUCCAGCGGAAGCUUUAUCGUCAGUCAUGGUUAAUCUCCGUCAACUGGACCUACGUUGGAAUGAUAUAAGCAGCUUGUCGGCUGUCUCAUUCCAGGGCUAUGAAAGAUUGAAUAAACUACUGUUGUCAGGGAACCCCUUGGUCGAAUUGCCUGAUCGAUUAUUCAAGGGAGUCGAAGACACACUGAUAGAGUUCGUCUGCGACGAUUGCCACCUCACGCAGUUUCCAGCCACAGCACUUAACGUCUUACCUAAGAUAAAAAAACUGCAAUUGCGAAAUAACAACUUUUCUCGUCUACCUAGAAAGAGCUUCUACAAUAUGACUGUUUUGAAUGUCGUCAACCUGGACAACAAUCCGAUCGUGACCAUUGACUACGGAGCCUUCGACCAGGCUGCGUUCUCUUCCGUUGCCCUACUGAACACCGCUCUGACAGAGCUAGACGUUGGAGUGUUCAGUGGUGACAACAAUCUAAACUCGGUUAACUUGACGAGGAAUAUGCUGCUAACGAAAAUCAGGUUAACUACUGAUCCGCCGCUACUGCGGGUUCAACUUUUCAACUUAACGUACAACAAUAUAUCCAUAGUGGAGCCGUCAACGUUUGAGUGGCUGAGACAAGAUUCGAAAAAGAUGGAUAUAUCGUUUAAUACAUUCAUUAAUUGUAGCGAAAAGCACAUUCUGCGAUGGUACGCGGCUGCCAUGGAUUGUUUUCCGUCGUCGCAUUUCGUCAUCACCGAAGCGAAGUGUGCUAUGAACGAUACACCACUGGCUGAUGCCAUCGCAUCGGUGAUGCCCGUCAACUGCGAGGAUUUCGAGCCCACUACAACUACAAUGACUACAACCACAACUUCCGCGAGAACAACGACGACAAAGUCAUCAGAUGUCCAGUUCGUAGACCCCGGUACGGACGUGAAACGGUUUACGAUACGGCACGUUUCCCCCGAUGUCUCUGGCGUUAAUCACCUGCGCGUAAUUGUCGUCAGUAUUGCGAGCGCUUGA